AUGGAGAAGAACAACAAUUACACAACAACGAAGGUAGCAGAUGAUAAGGAUGCGAGCGCAUUCCUAAGGAGCAAUAGGUUGACACGUUCGCCGGUAGAAACUUUUAGUAUCGCGGCAACCGAUAACAGCAGCACGCCACGAGGUGGGCAACAUGGACUCUUUGGAGCAAAAGGGGUAACGAGUCAAAUGUCCACACCAAGCGGUAGCACUAAAGGAGGGCCCCCGGUGUCUACACCGAGCAGCAGCACCACUCAAGAAGGCCUACAACUUGCAAGGCCCAAGGUGUCAAUGGUGGAGUUGAACAGGAAGGUCAUCGAACUGCACGAAUACGUAAAAGGCCGUAACAACGUGCACACUGAGAUUAAGCAAAGGGUGUCGAGCCUCAGGUAUGCCGUGUUGGAAGCUGACCGCGAGCACACAGCGUUGCGUAAGAGAGCUGAGACUGCUGAAAAGGCUUUGAAGCUGGCUUUGGAGCAGAUUGUGGCGGUAGAAGCAUCAACGGAGUUACAGGAGACGCCGAAAGGCCGCAGAAAUAAGAACUCGAACAAGCUGGAUAGAGAAACACCAGGCGAGGAGGAACGCCCGAAGAAGACAAAGCAUGUUCAAGGUAGCGAGGAGUUGAGCGACGAGAGAGCCAACAGCGAAAAUCGCAAGGAGAAAAAGAAAAAUCAGCCCAAAAAAGAGGAAACGAAAGGGAAUAAUCGGAUCGAAAAAGGUAGAAAACUGGCUCGAGACGAAAGGAGAUCCAAAGAGAACAGGCAAGAACGCCGUCUGCCCCAUCGAGAGAGGCACAUGGGAGACGCCCUGCUGGUCAAGGCAAACGAUCAACAGUCUGAUACAGUCCACCCGACCCGACCGGAGUUGGUCCCGGAUACGCGCCAACAUAGUGGUCCUAGCGAACCGGAUCCAGUGCCGCCCGCCGCCGUUGGAAAGGAUACGACACCACCGCCCGACACGUUUGCGUGGCACCAUUGCCAGAACGUGCACCGACCAAGGAGAGAAUCGCUACUAUCGCCGCCGCUUAGCCAUACGCCGAAGACCAGGGCAGCUAAGGCCGUUGCAACUGCAAAGCUGAAGCAGCAGCAGCUGGACGCUGAUGUGGAAAAUUACUCGACCAACUGGGAAAUCACCGCCGAUGCUGAGACACUGAAGGAGUUGUCGUCGUUGUCCCGCCAGCGUGAUCAAGUAAGUAUGAAGCUGACGCGGGUGCAAAGGGCACUUGCCACUGCCAAACACGUGAUCAGCCCUUCGCAGUUGAGGACGUAUUUGAAAAACAUCGACGACGCCUACAACGAAUUCAGUGCCGUGCAUAGCAAACUCAUCGCCGCAAUUCCGGAUGAAGCCUUCCGCCAACAAGAGGAGAUCUACGUUGCAUUCGAAGAGCGAUAUAACCACGUCCGCACGAUCAUCGACGAAUUGAUGGUUUCCAAAGUGACUGAUGCCACCAGAGCUCCACCACCACAACCACAGGUAAUCGUGCAGCAGCAACCAUUAAAGAUCCCGAUCCCCACCUUCGAUGGGUCGUACGCCAACUGGCCGAAGUUCAAGGCCAUAUUCCAGGACCUAAUGGCAAGCUCUGGCGAUUCCGACGCCAUCAAGCUGUACCAUCUAGACAAGGCGCUUGUUGGUGAGGCAGCUGGAGUUCUGGAUGCCAAGGUCAUCAGCGAAGGAAACUAUCAACAAGCAUGGGCCAUCCUCACCGACCGCUUCGAGAACAAGAGGAUCAUCGUCGAGACACACAUCCGUGGCCUAUUCAAUAUCCCGAAAAUGGCUUCGGGAACCUGCAAGGAGCUUCGACGACUCCACGACGAGUGUACCCGCCAUGUCGAGAGUUUGAAGUAUCUGGAUCAGAAGUUCCUGGGUGUUUCCGACCUCUUCAUGGUCCACAUCUUGUCGUCGUCGAUGGAUCAAGCAACGAGGAUGGCAUGGGAGGCCACGCAAAAGAAAGGUGAGUUGCCAACGUAUGCGCAGACUAUUUCGUUUCUUCAGACAAGGUGCCAGAUGCUGGAGAAUUGUGAAAUGGCAUUCCAAAACCCCACCUCCCAGCCACUGCCGAAACCGAGUUCGAAAGGCCAAGCACCAUCGAAGGCAGCUGGCGUGAAGGUUCAUGCCGCUUCGACCGAAUCGCAGAAGAAGGACAAGUGUGAUUUCUGCCAGGGUCCACAUCGUAACUACCAAUGCGACGCAAUCAGCAGCCUGCCGUUCGAGAAAAGAAUUGAGAAGGUAAGGACAUCCGGAGUGUGCUUCAAUUGUCUUCGCAAGGGGCACAGUGCUAGAGAUUGUUCAUCGCCGAAGACGUGCCAGAAAUGCCAGAAGCGGCAUCAUACGCAGCUCCACAACGAGGAACUGAAACAAGAGCCGAAACCAAGUGUGUCCGUCCCAGCUCAGGAGAAAAGCCCUCCCAUCGACCAGAACAAGGUAUCCGUUUCGACCUCGACCAGAGAGACCCCGCAACUCUCGUGCAACUACGCCAACUCCACGAAGACCGUGUUCCUGCUUACAGCUGUUGUCAACGUGGUGGAUAGGAACAAUCGCCUUCAUCCAUGUCGUGCGCUUCUUGACAGCGGAUCACAGGUGAACUUUAUCACAGCUGAUCUUGCGAACCGUCUCGGAAGCGAGAGACAACGUGUCGACGUGCCAAUACGAGGUAUCAACGACGUCAAGACUAUCGCCCACGACAAAGUUGAGGUAAGGUUCCGGUCUAGAGUUUCCGACUAUCAAGCGCAGAUCCAGUGCUUGAUAACGCCCAACGUCACAGGAGUCAUUCCGUCAGCCAAAAUCGACGUUUCCUCCUGGAACAUCCCCUUUGGCGUUCAACUAGCAGAUCCAGAGUUCUACAAGCCGGAGAAAAUCGACAUGCUUCUCGGAGCAGAACUCUUCCUGCAGUUACUACGACCCGGCCACAUCAAAAUCGACGAAGACUUCCCCGAGCUGCGUGAAACCUCCCUAGGAUGGGUGGUAGCUGGAGUCUUCAGAGAGCGUUCCAUCGCCAACGAGGUACAGCACUCGCUCACCGCAUCGCUAGAUGACGUCGAGGAGGCAAUUCAGCGUUUUUGGAAAAUUGAAGAAGUGCCUGAUGCCAGCCCACUAACCAGCGAGGAGCAAGAGUGCGAGGCUCAUUUUCUCGCAACUCACCGUCGGACUGAAGAUGGACGUUACAUCGUGAGGUUGCCGUUCAGAGAAAACGCCAACGAACUGAAUGAUUGCCGUUCUGUUGCUUUGAAAAGGUUCCAGAUGUUGCAACAGAGACUUCAGAAGAACCCAGAAUUGAAGCAGCAGUACAUCGAGUUUAUACGAGAAUAUGAGCAGCUGGGACACUGCCGAGAGAUACGAGAGGAAAACGACGAUCCGAAGCAGCAAAACUACUAUUUGCCACACCACGCCGUACUUCGCCCUUCGAGUUCAACCACCAAAUGCCGAGUGGUAUUUGACGCUAACGCAAAGGCGAACGCAGCAAGCCUUUCGCUCAACGAGGUUCUUCAAGUGGGUGCAACGGUACAGAAGGAACUGUAUGACGUUAUGCAACGAUUCUGUAAGUAUAAAAUUGCAUUCACCGCCGACGUUCCAAAGAUGUAUCGCCAGAUCAUCAUGGAUCCCCGAGACACGCAUUUUCUUCGAGUGUUUUGGUGCGAGCAACCAUCUGACCGCAUUCGUGUCCUGGAGCUUACCACGGUAACAUACGGGACAGCCUCCGCACCAUUCCAAGCAACUCGCUGUUUGCAACAACUAGCCGAAGACGAAUCAACAGACUACCCUAUUGGAGCCCGCAUCGUGAAGGAGGAUUUCUACGUCGACGAUGCCCUUUCGGGCGCAGACUCGCUUUCAGCUGCAGUUGAAGCAGUGAAGCAGCUGAAGGGCAUCAUGCAGAAAGGAGGUUUUUCGCUACACAAGUGGUGUUCCAACUCAAACGAGUUACUGGAACACAUUCCGACAGCUGAACAGGAGCAGCCAGCCGCUUUGGAAGAGUAUGGGCCGAAUGGAGUGAUAAAGGUACUUGGCUUACUGUGGGACUCGAAAGCCGACAUUUUCCAAAUUGCCAGGCCAAUUCAGCGCAGUUUGAAGCAACCCGUCACGAAAAGGAUCAUUUAUUCCGAGGUGGCAAGACUGUUCGAUCCAUUAGGUCUUGUGUCACCAGUCAUCGUUGUUGCCAAACUACUUGUGCAGCGGCUCUGGCAAUGCAAGAUUGGAUGGGAUGAUCCGGUGAACGACCAACCGCAGAAGUUCUGGGAGGACUUCGCAAAUUCCUUGUCAGCUCUUGAUACGAUCGCUAUUCCUAGACGAAUUACCUUCGACGAAGCCGUAGACUACGAACUACACGGAUUUGCCGAUGCAUCAUCAGUGGCGUAUGGUGCAUGUGUUUACGUACGCAGCCUUUUCUCCGACGGAUCAGCCAAAUUAAAACUGGUUACCAGAAAAUCCAAGGUGGCACCGCUACACGAAUUAUCGACACCCCGAAAGGAGUUGUGUGCCGCACUACUACUGACUCGACUAGUUGAGAAGGUAGUCCAUGUCCUACAGAUGAAGUCUCGUCACGUCGUUCUCUGGUCAGACAGCCAAAUAGUUCUGGCUUGGAUGAAACAACUUGUACGAAAUCGUAUCGCCGAAAUCAACAGAAAAACAGCAGAAUAUCAAUGGUGCUACAUUCGAACCACGAAGAACCCAGCGGACAUCGUUUCCAGAGGAUUGCUACCGAACGACUUGUGCAGAAGCCGUCUUUGGUGGUACGGCCGAUCAUUCCUUUCCAGAGUUGAGUACGGAGCAGAGCACUUCGAAGACAUCCCAGAAGAUAUGCUUCCCGCAAUAACAACCAUCGAGACAGUUGCUACAGCAGUAGAAGAGGAGUUUCCAUUGUUUUCCCGAUUCAGCGACUUUAGGAAGAAUGAACGUGUGUUGGCUUUGGUACUCCGAUUCAUUUGCAACACCCGUUUGAAGGAAAAGCCAACACGCCACGAAUCUGUCAUCGAGCUACGACAUACGAACCAUGAGCCAAAAAAACGAUGCAGUCGAAGACAACGAAUCACCGAAGAAAGCUGUUGA